AAUUCAGCACAACACCUGCCAUUUAAACGCCGCGCUGCUCGAUCGAACUACAACCGUGAGGCGAUGGCUAGCCACUUGUAAAAACUACAUAUUUUCAAGGCGUCAGGGAACGUUGUGUGCAGUGGUGUUUUGGCGUUUGGAGCCUUUGUGUAAUCACGUAUUUUCUCCUGGAGUUCGUCCGUUAACUUGUGAUGAUGGAGGGCUACUCUCACAGAUGUCCUGAUCUGAAAACCCGCUGGGAUAAGACAAGUAACAAAUGUGUGUUGUGUACUGCGAAACCAGGAAAAGAAAUUACCCCGAACUGUGGCUUUGAUGAUAACGGCGGUCGUCAUGUGCCCGACACCACACCGUGCCAGCCCAACACUUUUAAUAAUGGUAACUUUCAGUUUUGCCAGCCGUGCAGCCGGUGUCCAGCUGGAUUUGACACAGUGAUGUCCUGCAAUGCCAUGACAGACACCCAGUGUCGCGACUCAAGGACCACAGAACGUCCCCUGACAACUCAGACAAGCCUAAGAUCCAUUUUAACUGAAGGAACAACAGGGACUACCCUGUUCCAUUCAAAUCAAGCUGCUUCCAACAAAUUGCCAAGAGCGACAGUACCAUUAGUCGCUUUCUUUUCUGCCACCGUUGUUGUGUUAAUUGCUGUUUUAAUCCACAUGAAGAGGAAAAAAGUUCUGGCUCUAAUGCAGCGUCACACCAGAAGACUGUCACACGUCAACGAGGGUUUUGUUGCGUUAUCUUUUCCACCCGAUCAUGAGGAUGCGGAGGUUAUUCUGAGUCCCAGAAUUCAGUUGGCACCUUUACAGAUGUUGCUCAACAACCUGGAUGUUUUGGAAGAGCUGGUUAUCCUUUUGGACCCAGAAAGCCCUGGCUUGAAGAGCACCAGACACCUGGCUUCGUACUGCUCCUUCCCAUCCACUUGGAUCACUUACACCUACUCCAUGAAGGAGAGCAGGAGCCCCCUGAGGGCCGUGUUGGAAGGAGUCACCUGCAAGAAUCCCGAGUGGACAGUGGGGGACCUGGCCAGAGCACUCAGACACCUGGGACGCAAUGAUGCCGUAACCAUUCUCAGCAAACUCGAACAGAGUGAAAUGAAUGCAGCUGAUUAAAAUGUUUGAAGUGCUCAGGCUGUCAGUAUUUGCAAAAAAUCAGUUCAUGCACAAUGGCUUGUACUUCUUGGAAACGGGUGCCGGUACUGCUUCUUCGUAAACGUUACAAAUUUACCCUCACAUCUACUCCCACAGUUAAACUGUUUUAUUCAAACAUGUAACAUUUUAUUAGGCAAUUGACAUUAUAAAUAAAAAAAGUGCAUAGAAAAAUUAAA